AUGUGCUCCAGACAGUCCUCCCAGUCCAGUGGAUGCCACAGCGGGGGCUGCUGCUGCUGUCACGGGGGCAGCUCCUCCAGCCACCAGUCUCAGGGCUCCUCCUGCUGUGGGGGCUCCUCAGGCUACAGCAUGGGAGGAGGCUACAGCGGUGGCAGUGGGGGAUCUGGCCAGAAGAUCAUUAUUAGCUCUGGUGGUGGAGGAGGUGGCUCAUCUGGAUGCUGUGGUGGGGGAUCCAGUGGUGGGUCUUCAGGAGGGAAGAUCAUAAUUGGAGGUGGAAGCAGUGGAGGAUCAUCUGGAUGCUGUGGUGGAGGAUCCAGCUAUGGCAUGGGAGGAGGAUCCAGUGGUGGGUCAAAGAGCAUGAUGGGGGGUGGAGGUAGUGGAGGAUCAUCUGGAUGCUGCGGCUCAGGCAGCUAUGGUGGGGGCAGCGGGGGCAGCUCUGGCAAGAUCAUCAUCAGCUCUGGUGGUGGAGGAGGUGGAUCCUGCUGCGGUGGGGGCUCCUCAGGCUACAGCAUGGGAGGAGGCUACAGCGGUGGCAGUGGGGGAUCUGGCCAGAAGAUCAUUAUUAGCUCUGGUGGUGGAGGAGGUGGCUCAUCUGGAUGCUGUGGUGGGGGAUCCAGUGGUGGGUCUUCAGGAGGGAAGAUCAUAAUUGGAGGUGGAAGCAGUGGAGGAUCAUCUGGAUGCUGUGGUGGAGGAUCCAGCUAUGGCAUGGGAGGAGGAUCCAGUGGAGGAUCCAGUGGUGGGUCAAAGAGCAUGAUGGGGGGUGGAGGUAGUGGAGGAUCAUCUGGAUGCUGCGGUGGAGGGUCCAGUGGUGGGUCUUCAGGAACAAAGAUCAUCAUUGGAGGUGGAGGUAGUGGGGGUUCCUCUGGAUGCUGUGGUGGAGGAUCCAGUGGCGGAGGUAGUGGGGGUGCCUCUGGAUGCUGUGGUGGAGGAUCCAGCGGUGGGUCUUCAGGAUCAAAGAGCAUGAUGGGGGGUGGAGGUAGUAGUGGGGGUUCCUCUGGAUGCUGCGGUGGAGGAUCCGGCUAUGGUAUGGGAGGAGGAUCCAGUGGUGGAUCAAAGAGCAUGAUGGGAGGUGGAGGUAGUGGAGGAUCAUCUGGAUGCUGCGGUGGGGGGUCCAGUGGUGGAUCUUCAGGAACAAAGAUCAUCAUUGGAGGUGGAAGCAGUGGAGGAUCAUCUGGAUGCUGCGGUGGAGGAUCCAGCUAUGGCAUGGGAGGAGGCUAUGGUGGUGGGUCUUCAGGAUCAAAGAGCAUGAUGGGGGGUGGAAGCAGUGGAGGAUCAUCUGGAUGCUGCGGUGGAGGAUCCUCUGGCUAUGGCAUGGGAGGAGGAUACGGCGGUGGCAGUGGGGGAUCUGGCCAGAAGAUCAUUGUGAGCUCAGGUGGUGGAGGAGGUGGCUCAUCUGGAUGCUGUGGCGGGGGAUCCAGCGGUGGGUCUUCAGGAGGGAAGAUCAUCAUUGGAGGUGGAAGUGGCGGGGGAUCUUCUGGAUGCUGCAGUGGAGGAUCCAGUGGUGGUGGUUCCUCAGGCCACGCAAUCAUCAUCAGCUCUGGAGGGGGCAGUGGAGGCCAGUCCAUGCAGCAGAAAUGCCCCAUUGUCAUUCCCAGCAUCGAGUCCCAUCAGACCAAGCAGGCCUGUUACUGGCCCUCCAGCCAGCAGAAGUAA